UAGGGUGGGGGUGAGGGAGGGCGUCAUUCGUCAGGAGAACAAUAAACUCCACUGGAUAUUUCAGAACAGUGAAGAGGAAGCAGAACUCUUCCAGGGUCUGGCCUGUGUAGCCAUGCUGAUGUAUGACUACCCACUGACGACAGACAUGGAAACGGGUCUGUACCAGUCUUACCCCACGAUGACUCCACAAAGCUACAGUGUCAUCAUCUCCCCUCACCUCUACCACCAUGGACCCUACACUCACCCCUUCACCCAAGCACACACACACAUCCCGGCUGUUGUCUCGGGCAACCCCCCACACACACAGCUGGAGCCUGUAGACCUGUCGGUCAGCAAGCGUCCUUCUUCCUCCUCCCCCUCUUCUCCUCCCUCGUCCUCCCCCUCCUCUUCAGCCCGCAGCUCCCCGCCCUCGCCUUACAGCUUCCGCUCCUCCCCCCUGCCGUCCCCCUCCCUUGCCCCGCCACUUCAGUUCCCUACCAUGCUGGCCCCUCUGAUUGGCUCGGGCACCGGGGUCAUCCAGGGUUCAGGGGUCAUGCUGUCUCCUGUCAUGCUCCCGCACCUCUCGGUCCUCUACUCCUCCUCCCUGCACCAGCCAAUCAGGCUCAGCCCCUCUUCUGUUGCCACCAAUGACGACCACAGGCAGGGAUCAAGGACGCAUAAGACAGCAGCCUCUACGGAGCGCCCUGUGAAACUUACAGACGACACGCAUGAAAUCCACAAGCCAAUCAAAUCAGAGUCGGCCUCUUACAACCAGGAAGUGGCAUCAGUCAUCAGCCCUCAGCGAACCUAUGGCGAGGGCAACAAGCUAUCAGUAAUAGUCCACCCCAAUGGGAAGCACCCACUGCCCAUUGAGUCUCCUGAUAUGCUGAAGAAGCGGCGAAUCCACCGCUGUGACUUUGGAGGCUGCAACAAAGUCUACACAAAGAGCUCCCACCUUAAAGCUCACCGCAGGACACACACAGGUGAGAAGCCCUACAGGUGCAUGUGGGAGGGCUGUACGUGGAAGUUUGCCCGCUCCGAUGAGCUGACGCGCCACUUCCGCAAGCACACAGGAGUGAAGCCCUUCCAGUGCCCUGACUGUGACCGCAGCUUCUCCCGCUCCGACCACCUGGCCCUGCACAAAAAGCGCCACCUGCUGGUCUGAAGACACAACUGCAGCCCCUCGACAGUGCUCCCCUUGGUCGCGGCUCGGUACCUUCUUGGGACCGUAGCACUUGUUAGGGCGAACUGAAGCUCUGCUUCCUUGCAGCUGGAGUAAACCAUUAGACUAAGAGGGAGAAGGCCAUCCAAGCAGCACCUUGCAGCCCCCCAUCCAUCCCUCUAUCCAUCCAUCUGUCUAUCAGAAGAAUAGUUGUUCUUCUAUUCUUCUCUGUUCUUCAUGUUCUCCUCCUCCCUCCCUUAUCCUCAGAGCAGGUCUGUAUAGAUCUGCUCCUCCAGUCGAGUGAAGCUGAGGGGCUUGAAGCUCAGCUCCACCCAGAAGAGCACCCUCUGCUGGACGGAGGGACAAACGGCAACAAGUCGCUAUGUCAAUCAGCCUAUUAAAAAUCCCCCCCCCAACACACACACUCAUCCACAGAUAACUAGCAGGUCUAAAUCCACCAGGUUAUGGCAACAUAAUGUGAAACAUUGUGUUUGUUGUUGUUGUUUUUGUUUUAUGUAAGCAGUAAAAUGAUUAACAGAAUGUCUGCAUGCAACAUAUCAAACACACUCCCAGCUUUUGUUAAUGUAGCAAGUACAUGUGUUACCACACAUCACAAAGGCUCCUUAAAACUAGCAAACACCCACACAGAUACACACCUCAUCUUCCUUAAAGCACUUAAAGGUCUCAUGAGGAAGUCACAGAAGAACAUGCAGCUCUUAAUGCACCAGGUUAUGGCCUGUUUUUCACCACACACACGUAUUAAACACAAUACACCAUGAGAGCCAUUCAGUCAAAACUCGAUUGUGGUGAAAGGGCACUGUAGAGACAAUGUAAAUGUGAAAAGCAAGGGCAUUACUGUGGAGAGAAGAUGGACACUUUCAUGUGGUUUGGAAAGGGUGUAGAGGUAAUUACAUGUAUAGGGUUUGGACUAUUUGUCUUGCGUCAAAUGUGUCAAUUAUAUUAUUAUCGUUCUACCGUAUGUGGUAUAGGAUUAUGUUAAAAUGGCAUUGCAAUUUUAUUUUAUGGUAUAUACUGAUGAGGGGGAGAUUGAGUGAAACAGGGAAAAUACAUUUUAAGUUUCUGUAUUUUAUUUGUCUAAUCGACUUCUGGUGAACAAACAGUGUUUGUUUAUUCUGUAGGCCGACAUGUGACUCUGCACUUUAAAACCACAAGCAAAGCCAAAAGUGAUCCAUCAAAACUAUUGAUUUAAUGGCUCUGAUUUAAUCAGAAACUAGUGGAGUGAGUCAAAAACAUAGAGAUCCAACUGAACUAGCCAGUCUUGUUCCUAAAGAUGAUUAAGCAUGCACACACACCCAUAAACAUACAUACACACACAUGCAUGCACACACGCACACACAUACACAUACUGUAGCUGUGUUGCACAACAGUAUACAACUACAUCUACCCCGGAGUUUAGUAGUGUUUUGUUUUAUGGAACUAUGCAGAAGUUGUUUUAUAUUUUGUAAUGAUUGUGAGACAGAAUGGUUUUUCUGAAGCAUGAUUUAAAUAUAUUUUUUAUUACACUUAAUAUUGCAUUUGUGUAACAAUGUGACUUCAUAAAUAUGUAGGCUUUUUGUGCUGUCUUUCUUUAUUGGUAAUUGAAAGGGAACAUAUUGUAUUGUUUUAUAUAAAACUGUGAACAUAUUCUGUACAGUUAUCUUUGCCAUUAUGCAUAUCAUUUUAAUACAAAUAUCUAAUAAACUUAUAUUGAUACAAUUUGUUUUAA